AUGGUGGAGGUAGAUGACUCCAAGGUCACUGGCUCCACUGAGGAGAGAUCCAUUGGGGUCCAGAUGACUCUGGGGUUGAUGGAGUCCAGAUUUUGGGCCAUCGCAGCACAGCCAAACGACACGGAUUGCUCAUCCGUGGAAGGGAUCUGUCCUCUUCGCUGUGACAGCAUCGAUAUCGACUGCUACGUGAUUGACAAUAAUGGCUUUGUCCUAAUUUCUAAACAGCGCAAUGAUGCGGGGAGGUUCUUCGGCGAGGUUGACGGAUCAGUGAUGACCACGCUGAUCCGAAUGGGCAUGUUCAAAAGGGUAUCCUUGUUCGACUACCAGGCCAUGUGUAAGAUCAACUUGCACUCUGUCAGCAGCGCCCGUCCACUUCUCAGUCCCUUCUAUGGUUUGGCCUCAACCCUCAAGUGGUUCCUCUCCAACUUCCUACUGUUUCUCCUGGAGUUCAAUAUCUGUGGCCUCUGGCACACGGAGCAUUUUGCUGAAG